AUGUCGGAAUCCAAGAAGAGAGGGAGGAAGCAUAAGGCUACGACGACUGACAAUAGUCAGCGCACGCUAUUGACACACUUUACGCGCUCCAAGACGGGCACUGUAUCUAGCAGUAACCCUUUGGAUGGGCCGACGUCGAGUGCGGCAGAUAUCGCAACGGACGCAACAUCACCAGUACUCGACAUCGACUCUUCCCCGGCGCUUCAGGCUGUCCCGCUGGCUUCUGUAGACAAUAUACCGACUGCGGAAUCUGGAACGUCUAAUUACAAGCAAAAUGGUCUGAAGGUUGCUGCUUCGCAGUCAUCUAAUGGGGAACGUCCGAAGCGCUUAUUCCCUCUCUUCCAGCGAAAGCUUGCCCCGGGUGAUGGACUCUAUUCGGACAUCGCAUCCUCAGAUGUCAACGGGCGACCCUCGCCGCCUAUUUCGUCGCCCGUGUCGCCUAUACACGACUUGACGUCCGACAACGAGGGCUCGGAAGAAGCGCCCAUAGUCAUAGACUCCUCUCCUGUACAACCACCCAAGCGAGCCAUGCAUCGCAGUUCCUCCCUGCAGCUGCUGGACACGCCAUCUCUUCCGGCGCGCAAACGACGAAAGCUGGAUAUGCUUCCAGAUGCGCCAUUCCCCGAUAGAUCUUCCCAACAUGUACCUAGCUCUCGAAGUGUUCACACAUCUUCCGCCAGUCAUCUACUACCGCGACGUGCCUCGACGAACCGCGGACCUCAUACACCUGAACCCGUACCACCCAAAGCGCCACAAUUUCCCAGCAUCAGCUUACAGUCCACGAAGGCAUCCUCGGAUGCUUUGGCGGACUCGCCUACGGAUGUGGACCUGUCUAUCUACUGCAAACUAUACCCAGGCAUUGCGCGCCUCUUUGACCAUGCGCAUUCCUCCGGUGCUGUAGACAACGGACAGCAGCAGACUUGGGCAGAGAAGUGGCGCCCGCGACGGGCUGAGGAGGUGCUGGGCAACGAGUGGGCGGCAUGCUAUCUCCGCGACUGGAUGGAUGCACUUCGACUGCAUUAUACUGCACCGCCCACCACUACGCCACCAGGCAGUCAGCCGUCGGGGGAUCAAAGCAAGGGGAAGGGUGGGAAGAAGGGUGUAAGCAGGGACGGCUCAUUGCGCGGUUCGCAAGGACCUCGAGGAUCGCAAGCUCGAGGGACGAAGCGCAAAGCAGUCGGACCGACGGUCGUACGCGAAGUGGCGCGGAAACCGAAGAAAACGCGCAGGGAUCUCGACGAUUUCAUGGUGUCGGACGACGACGACGACGGGCUGACGGACGCUACCGAGUCCGCGUAUACUGGCGUGGACUUCGGCGAUGAUAAUCAACUUGGUAUGGAGAGGGGAGGGUCGUUCGCAGUGGAUCCUAGUGCGCCGCCAGAAGGCGUUGCUCCUGUACCCAGCACACCUUUCGUGUUCGGAGGCGCUAUACGAAACACGAUGUUACUCGUUGGUCCGCCGGGAAGCGGGAAGACGGCGGCGGUAUAUGCUUGUGCAGAGGAACUGGGUUGGACAGUGUUCGAGGUGCAUCCUGGUAUAGGGAGGCGAGGAGCAGCGCAACUCGAUGCGCUCGUGGGGGACGUCGGGAAGAAUCACACCCUGGCGCCUGCUACAACGCAAUCGACUGCAACAAACGUAUUCUCUAUGCUCUCGCGAGAAAAUAAACCACAGAACGACUCUAUAGCUGAGACCGAGCCGUCUAUCGUGAAGGUUGCGCCCACACAGUCUGUGAUACUGUUCGAGGAGGUGGAUGUUAUGUUUGGCGAAGACGCGAGCUUCUGGAGCGCAUUGAUCGCCUUCAUCAAAGAGAGCCGACGACCCGUCGUGCUGACAUGUAAUGACGUCUCGCUCGUGCCCACGAUGGACCUGCCACUUGAGCGCGUAGUCCACUUCAAGCGCCCGAGUGCGGCCCUGGCGCAUGCGGUGGUGCGUGGCGUGUGCGUGGCUGAAGGACGGCGUGUUCCUCGCGCGGCAGCCAUGCUUUCAACGCGCGUGGGAGGGGUGGACUUGCGGCAAGCGCUGCACCAAAGCCAGCUUGGUUUCGGGCUCCUAGAUCACGCCCAUGUUGAUGGUGAAGUUGGAGGUGAUCGGAGUAGGGGCCAUCAUGGCAUGCUCGUGGAUCACACCCUGUUCGAGCCUGCCGAUACUAUCGAAGGGCAACAUCCUCGCCUGGAGGCCUUAAGGCAGGCGGAGCGUCAAGCCGACGGGGCGUGCUUCGUCGACGCUUACCUUGCGCGUCCGGAUCAGAGCGCGCUAACGAUGCUCGAGCUGGCGGAACCGCAUGCGGACGACGAGGUAGGGUUGCACUCUAUCUGCAUCGCGAGGCGCCACACUGCGCCAGUGGGGGAUGCGUUUUAUUCGGCUCAUGAAGAAGUGGCGCGAGCGGUAGGAUGGAGCGAGGAGGGCGAGGGGAGCGAGGAGAAUGGGGAGAGAUACAUUGACAGGCUGGUGACGGUGCUUGAGAAGAGCCGGGUGCCUGGGGAUAGAUUGGCGGAUAGGAAGGGGCUCGUGCUGGACUACGGACCGUGGUUGCGAGAGAUUGGGAAAGUGGAAGAGGCGGAUGCAGCCGCAGCUGCGGUCGCUGAGACCGCGUCUGGGCGACGAGGGUUACGCGGGCGACAGACAAUGAACAGCACUGGGCGGAGGGCGGUGGUGGGGGAGCGAUGGGGGGAGUUGGAGGCUACCGGGCUUGAAUUUGGCAUGAUUUAA